CAGACAGACUGAGAGAAGCCACAUGGAUGGGAGAGAUAAUGGCUGAGGAAGAGCACUAAAUGUCAAGAAUGUAAGAAUGGGUGGAGUGACGGGAGGCUGGUAGAACAGAGAGCAGAUCUUGGCAAUUGCGAAAAAAAGCAUCUCAUCGCUUCUUACCACUGGAUCUGACUUCGGGACCUGCAUAUGGAUAACAUUCAAGUUUUGGGGUGGUGAUCAUCAUCAAUGUGCACAUACAUACAAGAGGACAUCUGCAUCACCUACACUUCUUUAAUUGUGUGAAGGAAGUGAGUUAUAUCAACACUAUCUUAGAUGACUGUUGAUUCAGACCUUUAAGACUAUCACUCCACGUGUUUAUUGGGUGCUUGAGGCCAGUCUAUGCACUUACUAAGCGUUUCUAUUUGAGCAUCUAUGAUGGCAACGGCUAGAAGUUUGGAGACCAGUUCUCAUUCUGUGUCCCAGUCCCCCACCAGCACUGACCGUAAACUUGUGGAUAAAGUUCUUAAGAGACUGGAAAAACUGCAUAAACUGUGCACUGACCCAAGGCUGGGUCUAAAAAAUAGCCCACCAUACCUUCCUGAGCUAGUGUCAGAGACUGCAAUUCACCUAACAGAAGUAUGGGCACCCUACAGGGGAACCAUGAUGGCUGUGCCACGAGGGGACGAGGGAGAGUAUCUUAGGGUCCAUAUCCGAAAUUUGCUAGACAAGACAGACAGAGCUACACAUCUAUUCAAGGAGGGCAAGGAGAAGAUGUUUGAAGAAACUUCAAGCUUCAGGAGAAAUCUUACAAAGCUGUCACUUCUGUUCAGCCACAUGUUGUAUGAGCUGCGAACUAUGUUUCCUGGGGGACGUUUUCAGGGCGAUACCUAUAUGGUUACAAAGACAGAGGCUAAAGAGUUCUGGAGGAAAUCCUUUGAACACAAGUGUAUAGUGCAGUGGAACAUUUUUAAACAGCAGUUGAGGAGGGUUCAUUACUUUGAAGAGGGAAUGGAGGCUAUGGCUUUGAAGUCCACAAUUGAUCUCACUUGUAACGAUCACAUAUCCAUCUUUGAGUUUGAUAUUUUCACCAGGCUUUUUCAGCCCUGGUCAACUUUGUUACGGAAUUGGAAUCAACUAGCAGUAACUCACCCUGCAUACAUGGCAUUUCUCACCUAUGACCAGGUGAGGGCCCGACUGGAGCACUACAUACAUCGGCCUGGCAGCUACAUUUUCCGUCUCAGUUGCACACAAAUGGGUCAGUGGGCAAUUGGUCAUGUGACCAAUGAUGGCAGCAUUGUGCAAACCAUUCCCCAGAAUAGACCUCUCUACCAAGCACUCAUUCAAGGUUUCAGGGAGGGCUGCUAUUUGUACCCUGAUGGGCGUGAUGUAAAUCCUGACCUCACCAGCCUGUGCCGUCCAGCUCACAAGGGUCGAGUCAAAGUUACAGAGGAGCAGUAUGAGAUGUAUUGUGAGAUUGGCAGCACGUUUCAGCUAUGCAAAAUCUGUACAGAACGAGACAAGGACACUCGCAUUCAGCCAUGUGGGCAUCUGCUGUGUCAGCCCUGCCUGACUGGCUGGCAGAAGUCAGACGGACACACAUGCCCCUACUGCCGGUGUGACAUAAGAGGCACCGAGUCCAUCCUCAUUGAGCCGUAUCAGCCAGUGAGGAGGGCAAGCCAGAGGGAGGAAGAGGAAGAAGACGAAGAGGAGGAUCAUGAGGAUGUGGAGCUGGUGAUGAAACAACUGGCUUGUAUGAAAAAGAUAUCACAAGAGGAGUACCAAGUGCCCAGAUCCAGCCUUUCACCUCCUCCCCCUCCUCCAAAACACAGUGCACUCUCCCGCUGUCCCUCUCCCAGAAGACACUCCAAAUCGUCUUGCUCAGGCACACAGGCCAUGGCUCAGUCUAGCUUGAAAGCCACACAAAGUUCCUGGUCAGAAAACUUGCUAAGUCAAACUAAAGCCUCCUCAGAUAGUGAGGAACUGACCGAACCCAUCCAUCACUCCACUUCCCUGGCUGGCAGAAAAAGUGGGGUGCCCUGGGAAGGGCCUUCAGUUUCUGUAAAACAGAGGCGGAGAGAGAAAAGAAGGGAGAAGAAAGUAGAAGAGGGUGACAGCGAGGUGGUGGAUUCAGCACUUCUCUCUGGAAGACAUUGUCACGGGGAGACAGAAAGACACACUUCAUUCUGACAGGAGAAAUGUCACCUCAGACUUCAGAUUAAGAGUGUGUAUAUAUUGGCAAGACAAACAAUUGUGAUAUCAACAAGUCUGGACUUGAACUUAUUCAAAUGACAAACAUGUAAAUAUGAUUGUUAUUGAAGUUCAGCUAACCUCUGCAUCAACAAAGCAGAAAACAUCUUAUUGCUCUUGAAUACUGACUCAUUUAAAUUUGUAAUUUUAACACAUUUUAAGUUCUACCUCAUGCAACUAAACAUAAAAGCACUGUCUUUUGAUAGACUGCACCUGAAUAAAUUGUUUUCAAAACAAACAAUGUUUU